UUCCGUUCAAAACAAAGAGAGAAGGACCGUCGCCGCCGGCAACACGGCACCAGCUGAUGCCUGUUAUCUGCCAGACAUAUCUAGUGGCGUAUUUGUUUGAUCGACUCUUAGGAUUAGGCACACCUUGGCGUGUCUUCGGCACAUUUUCACCCGAAGGCGGGGUCUGAUUGCUUGCUUCAUCGCGGCACAGUAAAUAGACGAAAGUGAUAAGGGCAAGGGCAAGGGCCACACAUCGUCUGCUCCUAUGACAUUUUGUCAAUCGCAGUUCGUGACAGCAAUAUUUUGAAAACCAUGUCUAAAGAUUCAGGCAGCAAACCCAGUAUUCAACAAAUAUUUGACAGCAUGGAAUAUGGACCGGUUUCUGAAGGAAAAAGUUUGGCUGAGGCCUGGUUAUUGGACAAUGUUGAAAAUUUCGGUCCUUUUAUUAAUGGCAAGAUGAAGAGCUCUCCACAGUCAGAGAAAACUACUCUUGUGUCAACAGGUGUCAAUUUUUCUGUGUGUUUCAUGCUAGAUAAAGAUGAAGACUAUUCAGCAUCUGUGUCAGCUUCUUCCAAUGCUUUUUCAAAGUGGGCAGAACUCGAUGGACAUGAGAGAGCAAGUAUAAUUUACAGCAUUGCAAGACAACUUCAAAAGCACAUUUCUCUCCUUUGUGAAGUGGAAGCACUCAGUCGAGGUGUUCAGGUUGGCAAUGUUCGAGAGUUAGACGUCCCAGCAGCCAUCCGAACAUUUUACUAUUAUGCAGGAUGGGCCCAGCUCAUCAAAACUGAAUUGAAAGAAUGGAAACCUCAUGGACCUGUUGCUGCAUACACAUCUGGCAGUGCCCCACUGUCAAGUUUAGCAAUGAUUAUCGCUCCUGCCCUUGCGGCAGGUAAUACGAUCACGCUUCUUCCGCAUGUGUCCAAUUGCUUGUCAGCACUUCUUCUUGCACACAUAUGCACUGCAUCAGGAGUUCCUCCAGGUGUCAUUAAUGUCGUGCCACAAGACCAUUCUGAUGAAAUGCUUUGUCCAGUUGUUCAUGACAACCAAGUAAGAAAAGUUGCUGUGGUUGGCUCACCUUGCCUUGGCCGUAGCAUCUUUUCAAACACCUUAGACCUGCAACAAAAUCAUGUGAUGUUGCUCAAUGGUUGUGUUCCAAUGAUAGUGCUAGAUUCAGCAGACCUUGAUGCUGUUGUUGACUGUGUGAUCGAUGCUGCUUGGAUAAACCAGGGACAGGAUCCCUGGGCACUGCGUCUUUUAAUUGUCCAAGAGUCCGUGUAUUCAGCCCUAAAGUCUAAACUGACAGCACGCAUCAAAUCAUUGAAAACAGGAAGCACCUUUGAAAAGAUGGCUGAUGUCAGCCAUAGUGUGGCCGACAGCUCCAUUAGCAAAAAACUUAAGGAAAUGUUAACGAUUGAUCCAAGCUCUGAGGUUGUGAAGCCAUCUGCUUCAAAUUCUGAUGACUGGGCACCUACUGUCAUCUUUUCUUCGGCUCCUCCAUCUGUGCCAGUUCUUCGAGCGAUUGAUGUGUGCCCAGCUGUACAUGUUGUUGCAGCCCGGUCUGCCAAAGAGGCAGUAGGCAUUGCCAACCACUGCGGUGGUGGAAUGGCUGCAUCAAUUUGGACUGAGAGUUCUGCAUUUGCUUGGGAGUCAGCACUGCAAAUGCAGACAAGUACUGUCUGGAUAAAUAGUCAUGGACUUUUGGAUGCUAGCAUUCCAAUUAGCGGACGGAACUUCACUGGGAGUGGAAGCUUUCUUGGAAAAGAAGGUCUGUUGGAAUUUCUCAAGCCAUCAAGCGAUUCUACAGCCUACCUGCUUCAAUCUUACCCAAGUGCCUCCACAAGUUUGCUCCCUUUAGUACCAUCGGCAACCGAAAUAUCUGCUGUUGAUCAAACUUACAAAUUAUUCUAUGGAGGAGGUCAUAAGAGACCAAACUCAAAUACAUACAGAACAGUUCUUGGAGCAAACGGAGAGUCAAUUGCAGUGGUCCCUGAGGCAAACAGGAAGGAUGUUAGAAAUGCUGUGGAAGCUGCUGUGAAAGUCCGGCAGGGGUGGUGGAAAAGAGGGUCCCACAAUCGUGCCCAAAUUAUUUAUAAUUUGGCUGAGAAACUGAAAGCUCGAGAGAGUCACUUUGCAAGAUGCCUCCAGACUCUGUACCAGAAUUUGGAUUUGAAGAAGUGUGAGCAAGAAGUGAAUGAGUGUGUCAAUCUCCUCUUCCAUUUUGCUGCUAUAUGUGACAAGGCUAUCCAGUCGACCAGCCAGGUCGCUAAUGGUGGCCUGCCUGUUGUUGUGAUGAGGGAACCCCUUGGUGUUAUUGGAGUAGUGUGCACAGCAACUGCUUGCAGCGCCCUUGCAGACCUUAUAACACUCAUUGGUGCAGCCAUUGCAUAUGGCAAUGUCUGCGUAGUGGUUACUGAUCUUGAGCGCUCUACCCCUGCAUUGGAGCUAGCACAACUUUUAGAAGUAGCUGAAAUCCCAGGUGGUGUCAUUAACAUUUUAUCUGGUGGAGCUAUCUCCCUGCUACCCACCCUGGGAGGACACAUGGAUAUUGAUGCCGUUUGGUGUACUGGGCAUCUGCACAAGUUAAGUGCCAUCCUAAAGGAAGAAAUAAGCAAAUCUAAUUUAAAACAGAACUGGGUGAUGGAACGGGUGUUGAGCCCUCUUAAACAUCGACAUGUGUUUGAAAUGAAAGCAUCUCAAAGCAAGGCUAUUUGGCUCUCGGGGCUUGCAUCAUUUGGAAGUUAAUUAUUUUCUGACUUCCUCUUUGACUGAUCUUUUUUUGAUACCUUGUCAGUAUGUUAUAAUUUGGGAUGGUAUAUUUUUAGAGAGGGUAGUGAACAAAUUGUUAUCAGUUUAUUCAUAAUUUUAUUCCUGUAAAAGUAAGUUAUUUGUGGGACCAUAGCGCAAAUGACUUGGUACACAAUUUUUCUUCCACAUAUUAAGCUUGACAGAGAAAAUAAUAUAUAUUUCCACAAAA